AUGUCAGUCGGGGUCUUCCAUGGUCACCCCACUAGUUGGGAGCAACAGGAGCAGGAACAAGCUAUCACCGCCACUGGCACGAGUAAAGGGUCAGCUCCGACCGGUCAGAAUUGGUCGGACAAUUCUGUGCAACCCUUGCCCGGGUGUCCGAUCAGUUCUUGGCGGCAGACCGGACAGAGGCAUCUGUAUGGACACUGCCCGGUCCGUUCCGCCCGAUCAGAUCAUCAGUCCAUGGGGGCAGCAGUGACCUUCGGCAAGAAAAACCUGGGGCUUCAGUUGGUUAUGUAAAAAUUACAUUGAUCUCCAACCCUCCCAGUCUUUCUUGCCGGCCACUGCGCACUAACCCACAACAAAG